GCGGGCUUCUUGGACGCCUGUCUUCCCGCGGGGGUCCCCGUCGGUCCUGCGGCAUCCCCCCCUCCACUUCCCUUCGGGGGGCGCGUCUCGCCUCCCCCCGCCCUCCUCCGGGCUGCUCAGGGCUCGCCCUUUCCCCACGCCCCCUGCCUGGGCUUCAGUUCCUAUAGGAAGGGCAUUACCAUCCCAUCCCCACCCACCCCGACACUUCGCUCUUUCCCCUCCCCCUCCUUUAACUUCCUCUUCUUCCCCCGUCCGGCCCUCGGCUCCUCUGCACUCUCCUCCCGGGUUCGCAGAUUUCCGCCCACCUUCCGCCUCUCCGAGCAGCGCCGCAGCGAGCGGGGUGUUAUUUUUCCCUCCCUUUGGUAGGAGUUGGUGAAGGUGAGACUCAAUGAGGGAAUACAAGGUAGUGGUGUUAGGGAGCGGAGGGGUUGGCAAAUCCGCCCUGACUGUGCAGUUUGUCACUGGGACUUUCAUUGAGAAAUAUGACCCCACCAUUGAAGAUUUCUACCGCAAAGAGAUCGAAGUGGACUCUUCCCCCUCCGUGCUGGAAAUUCUGGACACCGCAGGAACUGAGCAGUUUGCUUCCAUGAGAGAUCUCUACAUCAAAAACGGCCAAGGUUUCAUCCUGGUUUACAGUCUGGUUAAUCAACAGUCUUUUCAGGAUAUCAAGCCAAUGAGAGAUCAGAUUGUCAGAGUGAAGAGAUAUGAAAAAGUCCCACUGAUCCUAGUAGGAAAUAAAGUGGAUCUGGAACCAGAAAGAGAGGUUAUGUCUUCAGAAGGCAGAGCUCUGGCUCAAGAAUGGGGCUGUCCUUUCAUGGAGACAUCGGCAAAAAGUAAAUCAAUGGUGGAUGAACUUUUUGCUGAGAUCGUCAGGCAAAUGAACUAUUCUUCCCUACCUGAGAAGCAAGAUCAAUGUUGUACAACUUGUGUUGUCCAGUAAAAAAUAAAAAGAUAACCUCAAUCAUGGCCAUACCGAGCAGAUAAAACUCAGAGGAAAUUUGCACAGAUGCUGCUUUGGAGAACUUUACAACCUGGGUUGCAGAACUGAGCCUUGGUAAACCUGUCUCUAUUACAGCAUGUUGCCAUACAUCUAAUUAAGUGCAUAAGGUCUUUGGCCUUCAAGAUCCAUUGACCUUAAACAGGAAUGCUUAGCACGUUUACCAUAUGUUUAAAAUCUGUUCUUUAUCAAUCAGUCCUUUUGUAGCUUUCUAAGUUCUUAAUGAUGGCUAAUAUGCAAGAAUUAAUUUUUAAUAUUUUAAUUGAUUUCUUUAAUCAGUUUCUCAGCCUGUAUUUAUUAAAUACUCAAGCUCAGUAUUACCUACUCAAUGCCUUUUAAAAGAAAGUUAUAAUGGAGAAAAAAAUUGAGCCUUAAACAAAUGGUUACUUCUGUAUAUUACCUCGCACCAGUGCUUCAUUCUAUUUGUAAAAUCUUUCUCCUUUAAGUGAUUGGUUAAUACUUUCAGACUUUGUUUACGUGUGGCAGUGUUGUAAAAAGAAACUAAAGAUCACAUUUUACCUGUGUGGAUGGACUAUCCCUUUUCUUCAAGUGCAGUUUGUGAUGUAUUUUUGUGUUAACAUGUUCUGAAACUUAUGGUUGAUAUUUGAAAUUGACUGUAGUGCAUUUAGCUAAAGAGUUAAGCAUUUGAUUCCAUUAGGUUUUCACAUGUGUUAAUCUCAUUUACAGCAUCAAAUUGCAGCAGUAACAUUUUCCUUUCUGUGAAGUUCUAAAUUUAGUUAUGACCUACUUAGCAAUGCCUUUGAAAAGGGAUAUUGUAUCCAUGGUAAAUUAAUUGUAUACCUAAACAGAGAUAGCUCAGCUUCGCCUGUCAGGCUUGUAAGUGACAUCUAGUAGACUUCUGCACAUGUAAAAUUAAAUUCAAAUAAAAUCAUAUACACUUUGUAGUUCUUAAUAUUUGUCUUUCUGAAUAAUAGUUUAAAGCAAUAUUUGUUAAAGUUUUCUUGCACUAUCACAAUUGCUUUUUAGUUAUUUCUCAAGAAGCAUGUUUGUAGUAGAGACAAAAAUCUGUGUAACAGGAGGGAAGAUAGCGCCAAGUCUCUGGGCGUUUUUUUCCUUUGUUUUUGUUUAUUCUUUUUGCAAAUGUGCUUCUAAUAGCCAUUGCCUUCCAUGUUGUUUACCUAAUCAGCACAUUUUGUCUGAAUACUUGAACAUUUAACAAUAACACAGGUAUAGAAACAGAAAGUAAACUUAUAAAGAGUAAUCUUGUGAUUCAGUCCUAACAUCAUGACAAUGAGCGCUUUUUCUAGCAAUGAUUUAAAAAUUUUGUAAGUUUGACAGUAUUUUGUUCUUGGGUUUUUACUUGGUUUUAGUUGUGUGCUUUUAAUUUGCAGAAGUUAGUAACUGCAGCUCACCUACUGCACCAAAGUUCUCGAUUUUAGGAGCCCAGCUUUAGUCAUUUGAACAUGCUUCUAAAUAAAACAAAACAGAAAAACCAAAACCAGACUUUUGAUCUAUAAUAAUAGCUCAAUAACUUUGUCAAGGAAAGCUCUAAUAUAUGCAGUGAUGGUUUUUGG